CCGCCCCGGUUCCAAAUCCACUUCCACCUCUGUUUAAGUCCAAAGUCCCUGGCACUGGAGAUGCCAGGUUCGGCACACUAGGGACACAGACAAGCAGCCACGCGUAAGCACAGGGCUCAGGGCCCUUGUAUGGACCCUCUCCCACCGUCCGGGGCUGCCUGCACACCCCUGUUCUCCAGGCUUCAGCUUCCUUCUUAGCCUGGGAUCUGCACAGCACUGAGGGAUCCAGGAGUCACCCUCGAGACCACCAGCAAGUAAAAGGGGAAGAGAGCCUUGACGUCGUCCGGGGUCCAGCCAGCCCUACCAUGACCAAGGAGUAUCAGGACCUUCAGCACCUGGACAACGAGGAGAAUGACCAUCAGCUCAGACGAGGGCCGCCUCCGCCCCGACCACUCUUCCAGCGGCUCUGCUCCGGCCCGCGCCUCCUCCUGCUCUCCCUGGGCCUCAGCCUCCUGCUGCUGGUGGUUGUCUGUGUGAUCGGAUCCCAGAGGGACACUGAGCAAGUUUCUCCCCCAGGAGGAGGCGUGGGCAGGAAGAUGAAGUCCUUGGAGUCCCAACUGGAGAAACAGCAGCAGGAGCUGAGUCAAGAUCACUCCAGCUUGCUGUUCCACGUGAAGACCUUUGUGUCUGACAUACGAAGCCUGAGCUGUCA